AUGGCCGAUACUCCUCAGCCUCAGGUCACGACUGUUGUCAAACCAACAGCCUCCACGACAUUAUCAAAUGGCGACGUUGAUAACAAGCAUUCGUAUCCAAGGACCAUCGAUAUUGAUAGGGUCAUGUUCAUUACACUCCCAGGGCCAAAGGUACUCCGUCUAACUGAUAUUCGACGCCCACAAUCCUUGGUGACUGUGAUACCAGUCUUGCGUCAGGAUGCUCCUGUGGAAGAGCAGUGGCUCAAGAAUUUCAUUGCCAAAUAUGAGACAUGCGAUGAUGUUUUCUCUAAUAAGUUUCUCAACGGAAUUAUUUUUAUCGCCCCGUUCAGUCUUGAAGUUACACCUGAAGCACGCAGAUUGCUUGAGUUUAAGGGGAAUUCAUGGAUAGAGAUACUGAAAAUCAAGGAGACAGAAGUUCUUCUGCCCUCGGGACCACAUAUUAUCUUUGAACAGGAUGUCUUUGAGAUCCGGAGGCUCUAUGAAGAUUCUCAAGGUGCCUUUGUGACCUCUAUCGUACCUGGAUCAAGUGGUGGACAUUUACCCCUUCGACUUGGUGGUGAGCAAAGUCAAACUUUCGGUAUUGCAGUUCCGUCACGUUUUCAUCACGCUAUUCCCUCUCGACUUAGUGGCUGGAGGAUCGCAGUGAAAGAUAUCUUCUCGAUUCAAGGUAUCAAAACUUCAGUUUGCAACCGAGCUUACUAUUCAUUGUACCCACCCGCACUCCAGACAGCUGAUUGCAUCAAGCUCUUGGAGAAAGAAGGCGCCUCGGUGCUGGGGACGACGAAGCUAGCAUCCUUUGCAGCAACUGAAGAGCCCGUUGAGUGCGUUGACUAUCAAGCCCCCUGGAAUCCUCGAGCCGAUGGAUACCAGUCGCCAGCAGGAAGCAGUAGCGGAAGUGGUGUGGCGGUUGCUUCGUAUCCGUGGCUGGACAUAUCGAUCGGCUCCGACACAAGUGGAAGUGGUCGGAGACCCGGUCAUUGGAAUGGAUGCUAUGCCAUGAGGCCAUCUCACGGAGUGCUUCCUGCAGCAGGCUACAUUCCCAGUUUCAAGCAUUUUGAUACACCAACCUUCUUUGGAAGGGAUAUCGCAAAAUGUCAGGAGUUUGCGGAUGUCUGGUAUGGCAAAGAAUUGCCAGGUGGUCGGGAACCACUGGCUCCAUCUCUUGUUUAUCCCACCGAUUAUAUGUCCAUGAUAUCCAACAAAGACCAGCUCAAUGUCAUUGACAAAUUCACAGCUGAUCUGGAGUCGUCUUUGGGGGUGCAGCAUACGAAAUUGUCCUUCGAUAAACUUUGGGAUGUCGAUCCGCCGGAAGAAGCCAAAGGAAGGACUCUCCAAAAUUACAUGAACAGAGCAUGCCGGGAUUCGUUUUUCUAUGACGACUAUCACAACUUCGAUGAAUUCAGAGGCGAGUACCAACGCAAAUUCUCGAAAGAGCCUUAUGUGAGCCCACCCGUUAGAUGGCAAUGGGAAUUGUCCGCGACGAUCACGAAGCAACAAAGGGACAUUGCUGUUGACCGAUUGGCAGUCUACGGAAAGUGGUUCUCCGAGAAAGUCCUGAAGGUGGGAACGAUGGACACUAUAGUAAUAAUACCAAUCGAGAAUAUCUCGCCUCGAUAUCGCGACGAACCAUUGGUGUAUGGCCUUCAAUCACAGACAAAUCCUGUUCUUGAGCUACGCUCGCCUGCUGACCCGAAUUUUUCAAGCAAUCGUUUCAAUCCCGAGGGAGUUCCAAUGCUCUUUCUAUCACCAAUCCUUAAGGCGCCCGAAUUCACUGUUCCAGUUAUUUCGAAACUGCCAAAUCGACCUGUUACCCCCCCUGAAUCGACUCAAAUUCAGCUUAUCCUUAAUGGUAGCUCUCCUCUUAACCUCCUUAUUGGCGCAGAUCACGAUUAUAUCACCAAGGCUAUGCAGGCUAUCAAAGAUACAAUGCUAGGGAGCCCUGCAGAGCAUGCUAUUCGGACUAUUGAAUUUCUCAAUGCUAACAAUGCUAUUUUGAGCAAAACGAAUGCCCAAUUGGUAGCUACUGCGCGCGCUCGUCAACAGGCCAAAAAGACUAAGAAGGUUAUUGGCAAAGCACGCUUACUCAGCAAAGAUGACGCUGAUAAGUUACGUAUGGAAGCAGAGGCUAAGGAGGCAGCUGAUAUAGCACACAAAGCUGCUAUGGAGCAGAAGAAGAGGGAGCAAACGCUCAAAAAGGCGCAAGAGGAGGCAGAUAGAGCAGAACGGGCAUCUCUGCGUGCUCAGGCGAAGAACGCACGCGAAACGCAGGCUGAAAUGGCUCGAUUGGCCAAAAUCAAGCAGUGUUUGUUUACAUAA